AUGUGGAUUCUGGCGCUGCUAUGUCACACCUGCCUCGCCACUCACCUUCGAGGUGUAAGGCCAGCUUUGCAGUCCCACGGGCUGAGUGAUCCUGAAGAUGUUUUUCACGAUGCCAAGGGCAGAGGACCACCAUCGGAUAUCAUCAACAAGACCUUGCACGAGCACAUGGAUUUUCAAUCCGUGAGGGAUCCCGGUGACACUGAUGCAGUUGUUGUAGAGCAAACCUUCGACUCUCUUGACACGAACUACGAUGAUAGCCUUUCAAGAGCUGAGUUUAUUGCCGGUGCUUUGCGCAACAACCCUGGAAGCAGAGACAAGUUGGUCGAGAUUUUCUCCAGCAUUGACACAAAUGCAGACGGUGAGAUCUCGCGAACGGAGUUCGUCAGCGCUGCAAAGGGAUCGCAAAAGAUGGGUGGUUUGAAUCCGGCAUUCAGAUUGGCAGAUGCUGAUGGAGAUGGUUUUCUUUCCCAAGACGAAUUUUUCUUCAUUGCUCGACAAUUCUACCCCCUAGAAUGGCAGAACAGCGAUGCAUUGAUUCCGCUUUUCCACCUACUGGACACAGAUGUUGAUGGGAGGCUUUCACGCAUGGAAUUCUUAAAGCAGGCUGAUGGCGGGCCUGUACUUACAAGACACCAUGCGAGACUGAAGCCCAUACCUACCAAGCCGGUUGACGACAGAGGCAAUAGGAGUGAAAGACUGCCUGUCGCUGAACCAGGCAAACGCGCCAAGGUGGCCCAGACCUCGAAACGAGGGGUUUUCGAGAAAACUGAGAAGGUUUUCGACGAAAAGGGCAAAACGGAGAAAACCAGAAUCCAAGGCAAAGGGGAUUUCGAUGCGAUUCCAGAUUGGUUACGCCCUGACGGACUCAGUGAAGAAGUGGCCCAUGACAUUGCCCAAGAAACGGCGAAGGCCGUGCGUGAGGUGAUCCGUCAGGAAUUGGGGACAAGCCCUUUGAGCCCUGCUGCUAAAGCAGCCAUGGAUGCAGCAAAAUCUGCCGGCCUCUCCAAAGAGGGUGCCGCAGCUGCGGCAGCAGAGGCAGCCGGACGCGCAGCAGCGGAUGAAGCUAGUACAAGAGAUGCAUCUCCGAAGAAGCUGGGGGCGGUGGCUGCCACAGCUGCAUUCAGAGCUGCUCUAGCUACAGGGAUGACAAAGACGCAGGCCGCCAUGAGAUCAGCUGAAACAGCGAGCAAAGCUGCUGCAGACAAGGCCUUAGCUUUGUCAAGCAACUUUCAACAGGCUGCGCAGGUGGCUGCCAACGUUGCAUUUCAGGCAGCGCUAGAUGCUGGAAUGAGUUAUUCUCAGGCAGCUCAAGCUGCAGCUGAAGCUGCAGGCCGCGUCAUCGCAUCUCACCCGAGCGGCAUUGAGCAAGACAUCACAGCUGCCGCAAAGGCAGCUCAGCAGGGCGUUCAGGACUUAGGUGCGCCUAAAGAAGUGGCUGUGGUUGCCGCCACUGCCGCCGUGGGGUCUGCAGCAGCUGAAGAGGCCUUGGCCGAAGGCAAACGGCCGAAAGAGGCAGCUGGUGCAGCAGCAAACGCGGUGUUUUCCUUCUCAGUCACCCAUGGGCUGAAAGCAGAAGAAGCUGUGUCGCAAAGCACCGUGGCUGCAGCUGAGGCUGCUUUGCAAGUUGCAAUCGCUUCAGGCAAGGGGACUCAGGAGGUGGUUGACACAGCGGUUGAAACGGCUGAGGAGACACUCACAAACUUGGGCAACAGCACUCCGACGAAGAAAGUCGACAAUGCAGUGGAAGCCACACGCGAAAUGGCAAUUUCAAAUCCCAAGCUGUCCAAUUUGACGUUGAAGCAGAAGCUUGCUGUCAUGGCAGAAGAGGCCGCAACUGUUGCAGUGGAGGCGGGCACUGCAAAAGAUGCACUCCAAGUAGCCGUCUUGGCGGCAAACGCGACGCUUGAAGCAGCAGCUGCGUUGCGAUUGAAAAGCACCGAUGCCACUUGCAGCAUUGCCUUGGCGGCUGGCUCAGCGGCAAGUCGGGCAGGUGAGAAGAGUUUUGAGAGUAUCGACGCUAUGGCUGCAGCUGCAGUCCAGGCUGUGCAGAAAGUGACUGCCAAUUGGUGGACUCCGCAGAUCAUCACCGAAGCCUCGACUCUGGCCGCUGCAUUGGCAGUAGCUACCAGCGCCAUCGACACAGGCAAGACCAGAGCGAAGGUUUUGAAAACUGCCGUGCUGUAUGCAAGGAAAGUGGGUCUACAAGCACAGCUGGGCCGCUUAGACCUAGCUCGAGCUGUGGCCAGAGCUGCUGCUCUCAGCUUCAGCGAGGCAGAACCCUCCUUCUACGGCGAGAGGCUUCUUACAGAGGCCCAGAAAGUUGCUCAGGAGGCUGCAGCAGACACCGGUGCCACGGCGGUGGCCGAAGAUUUGGGUCGUUCGGCCGCCCAGGAAGCUGAUGAAUUGAAGAUCCCCCCAGCUGCUCGGCAAGCGGCAGGGCUUGCUGCCAAACAUGCCGGGGGCCAAAUGAGUCGAGCCAAGGCGGUGAAAGAGAUUUCGAUCGUCGCACAGCUGGCCGGGCGUGCAGCACAGUUGGCAGGAAUGACACCAGAGGAGGUGGCAGUGGUCAUGGGCCUGGAAAUAGCUGAAGCUCUUCCCAGAUUUGAUGCACAUGACAGCCCAGAGCCUAUGGCAGAAGAUGCGACCAUGGCGGCCCUCCAAGCAGCUAAGACUUUGGGUCUAACAUUGAAGCAAUUGGAAGCAGUGACGAUGCAUGCUGCAGCAGGGGGGGCCAUUACUGCAGGAAAGAUCUUCUUCCUCAAUGUGCAGGAGAUUUCCAAACUUGCUGUGCACGCAGUGGUGGCUGCCAGCAAAGGUUUGGCAGACGAGGACCGCGCUGCUUUGGCCGCCAAGGCCGCUGGCUGUGCUGCAGCCCAAGCAGUUGCUGAUGCUGGUGCGAGCCAGGAGCGAGUGCAACGAGCUGCUGCCGCGGCGGCUCAAAGGGCAGCGGCAUCGUUGCAACUGACACCCGCGGUGGCCUCUCGCUUGGCUGCCCUUUCUGCUGGCCGUGCUGCCGGACGUGCCAGCGCCUCUGAGGGUGGAAGCACAGAGGAACUACGCCGCAGCGCCGCCGACGCAGCAGUGGCCGUGGCUCGAGCGCUUCAGCUGCCUUCACCUGACUUGGUGGGUGCCGAGGCAGCCCAACAGGCUGCCUCUGAGGCAGCAGCCUACACAGCACGAGGCAAGAAGAAGCAGCCGCCACUGCCGGAGCCGAAGAAGGACUUCCGUAGCUUAGAUGCUGAUGGAGAUGGGCUUGUCACUGCGGGAGAAUUGGGGAAGUGGGAGCCGGAGAACGACUUUGUUUCGAUGGAAAGGAAUGGAGAUGGAGAAAUUACAAUGCAAGAGUUCCAAAAGUGGAACCCUCAACACGCCAAAGUCCUGGUGACCAAGACUAAGACUGCAGGCGCUCUGCUGUCAGUCGCACGGAAGCCGGAGUCCUUUGCCUUGGAUUUGUUGGACUCUGAACAUGACCAGAAAAGCCCAGAGGAAGAAAACAUGGAGAGGCAAUUGGACACCUUCAGCAUGUUGGAUUUGCCACUCAUCACAGAUUUGAACCACGAUGGAAAGCUGUCCGCCGAUGAGCUGAGAGCGUGGCAAGGCGGGGCAGCCCUGUCAUUGCCAAUCAGGCGACCAACUCUGGUUUGA